UGAGGUUUCUUCAAGAACUGGAGUCAUUACGCAACUCUAUCUGUAACCUAGGAACGGUUAAUUUUGAUCUAUUUAAGUUUGAGGUAACAAUUAAUUUAAAUCUUGAAGAUUUAUAUUGUAUUUGUUCCUGGAAAUCAAGUGAAUGGGUAAAAUGUUGUUUGGAGCCAUCUCACAAACAAUCUUCACUGUUCGGAGACAUGCACCGGAAUUAAUUCGUCCAGCACAACCCACUCCUCGAGAACUGAAGCCUCUCUCCGAUAUUGACGAUCAGGAAGGACUUCGUUUUCACAUCCCGCUGAUUUAUAUUUAUCGUCAGGACCCAAUAAUGAGAAACAAGAAUCCGGCGAGUGUGAUCAGGGAAGCUUUGGCCAAAGUGCUGGUGUUCUACUACCCCUUUGCUGGCAGGCUAAAAGAAGGUCCGGCAAGGAAGCUGAUGGUUGAUUGCUCCGGUGAUGGUGUGUUGUUUAUUGAGGCCGAGGCGGAUGUUACUUUGAAGCAAUUGGGAGACGCGCUUAUGCCUCCUUUUCCUUGUAUGAAUGAGCUCCUUUGUGAUGUUCCUGGGUCUGAUGGCAUCCUCGACUCACCAUUGCUGCUGAUUCAGGUAACACGACUAUUAUGUGGCGGAUUUGUCUUUGCACUACGACUCAACCACACUAUGAGCGAUGCACCGGGACUCGUCCAAUUCUUGACUGCCCUAGGGGAAAUGGCACAGGGAGCAUCAACACCCUCAACAUUACCCGUGUGGCAAAGGGAGUUGCUUUUUGCAAGGGAGCCACCACGUGUAACAUAUGCUCAUCGCGAGUACGAUAACAUUGAAGACGCCAAGGGUACAAUCAUCCAACAGGAUGACAUCACACAUAAGUCAUUUUUCUUUGGCCCUACCGAGCUUUCAGCCUUACGUAGGCUUGUUCCAGUAGAACUACAAAGCUGUACCACCUUUGAACUGCUAACAGCUUGCCUCUGGCGCUGUCGUACCAUUGCUCUCCAGCCUGAUCCGGAAGACGAGAUGCGCAUCAUAUGCCUCGUGAAUGCACGUUACAGGUUUAAUCCACCCGCCAUCCCUAUAGGAUAUUAUGGAAAUACUUUCGUCAUGCCAUGUGCCAUUUCCACAGCUCGAGAACUAUGUAAAAAACCAUUAGCUCACGCCUUGGAGCUGGUGAGGAAGGUCAAAUCUGAUGUCACCGAAGAGUACGUGAGAUCUAAUGCGGAUCUAAUGGUUAUCAAAGGACGACCACUUUUCACAGCUGUUGGAAGCUUUAUCGUAUCAGAUGUGACUCGUUCUGGAUUAAAUGACGUUGAUUUCGGGUGGGGAAAGGCCGUCUAUGGAGGGGUUGCCAAGGGGGGAGCAGGUUCUUUCCCCGGUGUUAGUUUUUUCGUAGCUUUUACAAACCAUAAGGGUGAGUCUGGUAUCGUGGUACCCAUAUGUUUGCCAAGUGUCGCAAUGGAGAAGUUUGUCGAAGAACUAAAUAGCAUGUUGGUGCAAGACAACAACAAUCAUGUGCUUCAAGCACACAAGUUACUUGCUACAUCAAAACUAUAGUUUCUAUGUUUUGUCACUAUAGUUUCUAUGUUUUGUCGAUAUGUGAUUACCAAAUUAAUGCGCUGUUAAGAGAGAGUUAAUUUUAUUACAAAAUGUUCUUAAUAAUAUGUUUAUUUGUAUGGUGAA